UGGGAGGGAAAAAAAAGAGGCUGGUUGAGGAGAAGAUCAAUCUGCUGACAGAAAGCAGCAGCCAGAGAGCCAUCAGCCGGCUGCACGUUGGCAGCAUCUCACAUGACAAAGCAACACUCGGCUGCACGUUGACCUUUCAGCUUGCCGCUGCAGAACAUAGAUCAUCGGCCACAGCUAUGCGGCUACGGUCCAAACUGCUCUCCAAGGGAGGACUGCUGCUGCCCACCAUCAGAGAAUGUACCGAGGAGACGCUGAGGGAACUAAAUGAGACCAAUGCUGUUGAUCAAGUCUCCUCUGAUGACUACCUCCUUUCCAUCUGCCACCUGGCACACCCCACCUUCCCCACCACCCAUGUUCCACCCCGCCACCAGCGCUCGCACAAUUUGUCACGCCUCAGUGGGACUAAGUCCUUUGAAUGGAUGCAGCGGAGGGAGCACAACGGAGCGGACCCUCUGGAGUACCUUUACGGACGCCACGACAACCGGACAGGAAGCGGGGCGGAAAGCUGUCAAAGGCAACGCGAUGUUGAGCGGGAGAGGCCCAGAGCCCGCAGCAUCCCCCACACUGCAAGCCCAGGUCUCCCACGGCAACGCACCAGCAGCUGCCCGGAGCUACAGACAGACUUCAACCUCGGCACCCUUCCAAACAUCUCACCUGAACACAACAGGCCCGGGUUGGGAAGUGUGUCGGAUGACAAAGGGGGACUGAGCCCCGCCAAGAGGCCAUCUGGGAUCUCCCAGUGGAUCUCUGACUGCAGCUGUGUCCAAGGCCCGACUGCAUCUUUGGGAGAACGAACCCGCAUCACCAUGCGACCAACUCGUUACAGCAGGGGUAGGGAACCUAUGGCUCUAGAACCAGAUGUGGCUCUUUUGAUGACUGCAUCUGGCUCUCGGAUAAAUCUGAGCUGACAUUGCUUAACAUGAUAAGUAAUGAAUAAUUCCACUUGUAAUCAAAGUGUUAAAAAUAAAGUUCAAAAUAUUAAACAUACUCAUGCAUUUGAAUCCAUCCAUCCUUUUUCUACCACACUUGUUCAAGAAAUUGCAUGAUGUAUUUAUUAUUGUUUUUCUUAAGGGCUUGCCGACAUGAAAGCCUUUUUCUGGGUUACGAUAUUUUUUUAUUUUUCAAUAAGUCUCUCAGUUGCUUUCCAGCAAUUGUCUUUUUCUCUUUCGUUCUCGCUCGCGCUCUGGCUCCAGCUCCAACCCUGUCUCUCCUCCCGGCUGCUGCUUAUAACAGAGCGACAGGUGAUUAGACAACAAGGCCCAGGUGGGCCAUCUAUGCACCUGUCGCUGAUUUCGAGGUUGGUCCUGGCACACCCCACCUCGCUGCAGGCCACGCCCCUCCACAGUUAGCUUCCGAAUAUAAACAUCAUUACAAAGAAUACGAGACCUAUUAUAUUCUAGUAAUUUUGGUCUUACUUAAAAAUUCAUGAUGUGGCUCUUACGGAAAUACAUUUUAAAAUAUUUGGAUUCUUGGCUCUCUCAGCCAAAAAGGUUCCCGGCCCCUGCGUUACAGCGUUACUGGAAAUGGAAAGAUGAUAAAAAAUUAAAUUAUACUGUUUUUCCAUUAAAAAUAUAAUGUUGUAAAAAUCACAAUUUUACCAUCUAAACUGCCAGCUUUUGCCGUAAAAAAAACACAACCAAAAAAACAGUGAUAAUGCUUUUCCAUUUAUUGUAAAAUGUUGUUAAAAAACAACAUAUUUGACAUUAAAAUUUUGUAAAUGCAAAGUUUUACUGUAAAAUGGACAGUCUAUUUAAAUCAAUUUAUAUAAUUAUAAUGAAAUCCAGAAGCAUUAUUCACUGUUACCAGCCAUGACAACCAUAACCAAAACCAGCUUGGCAUCCCUUAUUUACUACAUGUGUUAUCCUGAUGAUUACAGUAAAAAAAAUAAAAGAUAAUAACAAUCUGCAAAAUCUUUUUAUACCUUGUGUUUUGUCAUGUAAUUGAUUAAUAAAACAUUUCGAUCCUGGGGGA